AUGGACAAUGGUCGCUUGUCCAAGGACAUUUCACCAAAAAAAUAUAUCAUAGCUGCAUCACCAGAUUUCAUUGAAGACAGAUUUUACGGUGCUAUACAAAUUGAUUUAAGAAUAAUGAGGAUUAAAAAUUAUAUAGCAUUACAUUCAAAGAAUUUAACUAUUACAUCAACUAAAUUGUAUAAAAUUGAUCAGCCUUAUAACGAAAUUCCAAUCGAUGCUAUUUAUCCUAUCGAAGAGUAUGAAAUGAUAGUGAUCGAAACUACAAAUCCAUUAUCACCUGAUAAUUAUCUUUUGAGAAUGAAUUACAGCGGUACAUUGAACAAUAAAAUUAAUGGAUUUUAUUUAAGCAGUUACAUGGUGAAUUCUGAAAAUGAUCGUAUCAGAAAAUUAGCAGUCACACAAUUCGAGCCAAAUUAUGCAAGAAGAGCUUUUCCUUGUUUCGAUGAGCCAUCUUUUAAAUCUAUUUUUCAUAUACGUAUUGUUCACGAUGGAAAAUCGAAUUAUCAUGCUUUAUCUAACAUGCCAAGUAUAAAAGUCGAUAAAGCAGAUGAUAAAAAUGAUUUGAUGAUAACAAUUUUUGCCCCUACUUUACCAAUGUCGACAUACUUGGUAGCUUUUUUGAUAAGUGAUUUCGAAUGUUUAACUUCAAGCGCAGAUUCUUUAAAUGGAACUAGAAUACCGCUUAGUGUUUGCGUUAGAUCGGAUUACAAAAAUAAAGUUCAAUUUGCUUUGAAUAUUGCUGCACAAGCUAUUGAAUAUUAUUCGAAUAUUUUGAACAUCGAUUAUGCUCUACCAAAAUUAGAUCUCGUUGGAAUACCGGAUUUUGCAGCUGGUGCAAUGGAAAAUUGGGGUUUGGUAACGUUUCGUGAAACCGAGUUAUUAUACAGCGAGGAACAUAGUUCUUGUGAAAAUAUAAAAAGUGUUGCUCUCACAGUUUCCCAUGAAUUAGCACAUAUGUGGUUUGGAAAUCUAGUUACUAUGAAAUGGUGGAACGAUCUUUGGCUCAACGAAGGCUUCGCAACAUACAUGGAACAUGUUGCAGUCGAUUUUAUUUUUCCUGAGUGGUAUCAGAUGCAAACAUUUCCAAUUAAUACCAAAUAUACGUCAAUGAUCUACGACAUUAAAAAAAACGCACAUCCAAUAAUAAGUCAUUUGGAAGCUUCCGACGAGAUAGGCCAAAUGUUUGAUCGUAUUUCUUAUCAAAAAAGUGCUGCAGUAAUCAACAUGUUAGAAAAUGCAAUAGGAAACGUUAAAUUCAUUUCUGGAAUUAGGAAUUAUUUAAAAAAGUAUCAAUUUUCUAAUGCUGAAUCAAAAGAACUUUUUGAACUUUUUAACGAAGAAAAUCACAAUUUCGUUAAUCUAAUCGAUGUUUUAAACCGAUGGACAAGAUUAACUGGAUUUCCUGUGGUUAAUGUACAACAGAAAGAUAAACUAAUUAAAUUAUCUCAACAACGAUUCGUCCUUGAUAAAACACAAAAUGAUUCAUUUAAGGAAAGCUGGGAUAUUCCUUUAAAAUAUAUAACGAGUCGACAAGAAGAUGGUAUCAAGUUCGCUUGGUUUCCAGCAAAUUAUACUUGCGUUGAAUUGGUCCUAGAAAAACCAGUAAAUUGGAUUAAAUUGAAUCAUAAUUCGGUUGGUUAUUACAUUGUUAAUUACACACAGGAUAAUUGGAGAAUAUUUACUAAUUUGUUAUUGACUGAUAUUCAAGUUCUGGAUCCAAUAAAUCGUGCCGAUUUGUUGCACGAUGCAUUUAUUUUAGGUGAUAAUAUAGAUCUGUCUUACCAUAUUGUUUUAAACAUGACCACUUAUCUAAAAAACGAAAAUACUGUUCAACCUUGGAUAGUUGCUGGUCAAUGGAUCAAUCGAAUUAACAAAUUACUUCGUUCAACUAAUUUACAUCGUCCAUUUCAAUAUUACAUACAACGUUUGAUUGAAAAAAUGUAUCAACAAGUGGGAUGGAACGUGAGCGAGAAAGAGGAAUUACCACACAGGUCUCCUUGUGCCAAGUGAUGCAGCUGAAUCAAUAUUUGAAAAAAUGUGGGAAUUCUUUUUAAGAGAAACAGACGUACAAGAG